CAGCCACAUACACGCGCGCUGGGAGGGUGCUUGCCAUGAACUGUCACUUGAUGUAUGCCUAUGGCCAAUUCAAGCUCUGGAAUGCAGGGCAACGGAUACAAUGAACCUGAGCAUAUCAAGCGUUAUGCGGAUUUUACAACCAUAGGUCUGACGCACUGGGUACAGGAUUCUAUUAUCGAACGGAACAGACGUAUACGAAAGUCUAGGACACGUUACCACACACAUAGAGGACAUGAUGGUCGUGGUAUGCUUAUUUGGAUUUGGGCACAAUUCAAGAAGCUAGCAGAUGCAGGACAGAGUUGGUUCAUCGUUAGCCUAGUAGGCGCAUGCAUUGGAGUGAAUGCGGCUCUGAUAUCCAUUGUCACGGAAUGGCUUUCGGACAUCAAAAUGGGUUACUGUGCGGAUGGCUGGUGGUUGAACCAGCAGUUCUGUUGCUGGGAAAUUGAAGGGGAUGAUGCCCUUUGUGAUUCCUGGCAUCCAUGGAGUAACGUCACUGCCGCUCGCUGGACCAUCUAUAUCAUUUUUGCUUCGGCCUUCUCAUUCAUCGCUGCGCACUUGGUCAAAUCACUUGCGAAGUAUGCUGCUGGCUCCGGUAUAUCCGAGGUCAAGUGCAUUUUGGCUGGAUUCGUUAUGAAGGAUUUUCUUGGGUUCUCGACGUGGAUUAUCAAGAGCAUCACGCUGCCAUUAGUUAUUGCGUCAGGUCUCUCCGUUGGAAAGGAAGGGCCGUCCGUGCAUGUAGCCUGUUGUACAGGAUAUGUGAUGGCAAGGUUGUUUCGCCAGUUCUCCAGGAGUCAAGGCAAAAUGCGAGAAAUUCUCACUGCGUCUAGCGCUGCCGGCGUCGCAGUAGCUUUUGGUGCCCCCAUUGGUGGCGUACUCUUCUCUAUCGAGGAAAUGACUAGUAAUUUCAGCAUUAAAACCAUGUGGCGAAGUUUCUUCUGCGCUUUAGUAGCCACGGUGACACUUUCGGCUAUGAAUCCAUACCGGAGUGGGAAACUCGUACUUUUCCAAGUCACCUAUGACCGUGAUUGGCAUUUCUUUGAGAUUCUGUUCUUUAUCAUCCUGGGCAUAUUUGGAGGUCUAUAUGGUGCAUUCGUCGUCAAGUUCAACAUGCAGUGGUCCGCGUUCCGAAGGAAACACCUCUCAAACUAUCCCGUAGUGGAAGCAGUAACGCUGGCAACCCUCACAGCUGUCGUAGGUUAUUGGAAUCGCUUUUUGCGUAUCGACAUGACGGAAAGCAUGGCUAUUCUAUUCCGAGAAUGUGACAGCGGAGGGGACUAUGACCAUCUUUGCCAGACUUCAUUCCAAUGGACUAUGGCGACCUCGCUGUUUGUGGCCACAGUUAUUCGGAUAGGCUUCGUUGUCAUUUCAUAUGGAUGCAAAGUUCCUGCAGGUAUCUUCGUCCCCUCGAUGGCCAUUGGCGCAACAUUCGGUCGAAUGAUCGGGAUCAUGGUGAAGGCGUUGUAUCUUGCGUUUCCAAAGUCUGGCAUGUUCGCCGUCUGCCAGCCGGACGUUCAAUGCAUCACUCCCGGUACAUAUGCCUUCCUCGGCGCUGCCGCCGCUCUCAGUGGUGUCAUGAGGAUAACUGUUACAGUUGUCGUGAUCAUGUUCGAGCUCACAGGUGCCCUGACAUAUAUCCUGCCGACUAUGAUAGUCCUACUGGUGACCAAGGCUGUAGGCGACUUUCUUGGAACAACAGGUAUUGCAGAUGAAGCAAUCAGAUUGAAUGGCUACCCGUAUCUAGACAAGGAUGAUCAUGCCUACAACGUUGCAGUCUCAAGUGUCAUGAAAACGAAUUUGUAUACGGUCUCUGCGACUGGUAUGACUAUUCAUCAGAUAGAGGAGUUGCUCAAGGCAACGCAGGUCAAAGGAUUCCCAAUCGUAUCUUCAGGCUCGAAUCCAAUAUUAGUGGGAUUCAUUGAUAGGAUCGACCUUCGUCAUGUCAUCGAUAAGGUGCGAUUAAUACAUGACCUCACGCUUGAUACACCAUGUUCCUUUGUGCGGGACUCAGAGGAUCAGGAAGGCUUCGAGUUUGCUGAUAUCGUUACCGAUCCUGGCAUGGGCUUGGAUGAAGAUACCCUGAUGGAGAUUAUCGAAAACACUGCUACACAGAGCGUCGUAAAGUUCUGGCCUUGGGUCAACCAGACACCACUAACAGUCUCUCCCGAGCUACCGCUGGAGAUAGUGGUGCAACUAUUCAAACGAAUGGGACCUCGAGUUGUACUCAUCGAAGAUCACGGUGCUCUUGUGGGAUUGGUCACGGUCAAGGAUGUGUUGCAUUUUACAUUAGCUGAAGGGCAUGAACCUCGCAGCGCAUGGAAUCCAAAGGACUUUGAGGGCUUUGUAGAAGAAGCGUGGACCUGGAUCACCAACUUUAUGACCUCCCUCACGUCAAGGGCACGCCGACUUAUUCGACGAUAACUUAUUUGCUUUGAUUGGAAUUUUGUAUUCGUUACUUACGCUUGCAUAUAAUAGCUGUCCAUUCAGUUUAGAAGUUUGCAAACUAGUGGAUGUUGCAAGUAACAAGCGACCUGAUCGCCUGAUUACUAGUAGUCAUAUAUUGCUUACCUCGUAUUGCGUCAAGUCGCAGCGGUAGCGUGCGGAGCGGCCGUCGAUCGCCUAUGAACUUCCAGAUUUGUAACCUCUACCUUUCUUUACUUUAUUGCGUUCGCUGUUCACUUGAGAGCUACAGUAUACUAGGUGUACUUUAUUACCUUGACUUUUUGGAAGUCUUUGUACACAAAACCUUGAAACGCGUUUCUUGGGACUCGAACCCACGGCGAUAUUGCUACUCGUCUUGUAUGUCUUAAUUACG